UCCAGCACAUGGCCGUCUCGGUCAACUGGACGUGAGUUCGCUCUGCUGAGCAAAACAUUAGUGUUUUAUAUAGUCAUUAUGACGAAGACUGAUACCAGACAGUUGUCUUCUGCGAUAAUAUCCCACAUUUAGCAUUUUUCAACAUCCUGAUCGGCAGAAUAUACUCAGUGUCUAAGUUCAGAAAGUUGUCAAUCAUGUCCAUGUUCAGCACCGGUAUCCUGGUCCUUACGUCUCCGUUACACGUCCUCCCUCUCCGCAUCGCGCCUGUCCUCACGUCUGCCGCCCAGGUGGUCGAGCGCACACUGUACGUCCAUCUCCACCCCGGCCUCAACCUGAGCACAGGUGGCCAGGUGCGGCCCGUCUACAUCCCACCCGUGGUGGAUCUCUGCACUCUCAUCUCCCGCCUUUACAGCAAUGCCGCUGACAUUUGCGCGCACCUUGACGUCAGGGUGCUGCUCAGUAACGUCCGUGCCCAAUCUGUGGCGUUGAGCGGAAGCAGCGGCCCUUUUCCCACCCCGCAGACGCUGUCCCAUUCGCCAGAAGUAGUGCUGACAGACUACCCCAUCCAGGAUUCAGGCCAGUCCUCGCUGGUCACCCAGUGCUUGCAGAAGUACGCGGGUCACUGCUACGUCUGCAACCCAACUCUCUCAUCUGUGCUUUUGUGCCCACGACUAAAAGAGGUCGAGGAAGAUGAUGAUAGAGGAGGAAGUGGUGCACAAUUAAAACCUUUAGAGACGUUCAGUGAUGUGGUGGUUGGCGGCACUUUUGACCGUCUGCAUGGGGCCCACAAGACGCUGCUGAAUAUUUCCUGUCUGAUGGCCAACAGACGCUUUGUCAUUGGUGUGUGUGACCAGGAACUACUAAAAAAAAAGGUCUUGAAGGAGUUGAUACAGCCGUAUUAUCAGCGUGUGCAGAAGCUCCAGGACUUUCUGAACGAUGUAAAACCAUCGCUCAAGUACGAAAUCGUUCCUCUCUCCGACCCCUUCGGCCCAUCCAUAAGCGACCCUGAGCUGCAGUGCAUUGUGGUCAGCGAGGAGACGAGGAAAGGCGGUGAAGCUGUCAACAGGAAGCGUGUGGAAAAUGGAUUGGCUGAACUGGUUCUGUACGAGAUCCAGCUGUUGAAAGACGCCCAUCAUGCGGACAUCGAGGAGGAGAAGAUCAGUUCCUCCAGCCUGAGAACAAGAAUGCUGGGCACGUUGCUCAAACAUCCAUCUCCGCAGCCAGAUCUGCCUCUGGAUCCGUAUGUGAUUGGUCUGACGGGCGGCAGCGGGUCUGGAAAGAGCUCUAUAGCACACAGACUGGAGGCUCUCGGCGCCGUGAGGAUUGACUGCGAUCAGCUCGGUCACGAGGCCUACCUGCCGGGAACAUCCGCCUAUCAUAAGGUCGUCCAGGAGUUCGGCCCAGAUAUUCUUAACGAGGAUAAGACCAUCAACAGACGAGUACUGAGUGGAAAAGUAUUUGGUAACCAGGAGCGUCUGAGAGCUCUGACAGAUAUUGUGUGGCCUGAGAUUGCUCUGCUGGUGAAGAAAAGAAUAAAACAAGCAAAGGAGCAGGGUAAGCGUGUCUGUGUGGUGGAUGCGGCCGUGUUGCUCGAGGCGGGAUGGACAUAUUUGGUGCAUGAGGUUUGGGUGGCCACCAUCCCAGAGGAAGAGGCAGUGAAGCGUAUAGUCCAGCGAGACGGUGUGGAGGAGGAAGACGCCUUGAGGAGACUGAAGAGCCAGUGGCCGAAUGCACAGCUAAUAGAACAUGCUAACGUAGUGCUGUGCACACUGUGGGAACCUGACGUUACUCAGAGACAGGUGUUGAAAGCCUGGAAUCUAUUACAGCAGCGGAUUCAGAAGAGACAAGAAGAAAUCAGACCUUCACCCUGAGACAGGCUUCAAUAUGAAUACGUUUUCAAAAUGUAGUGAAAUAUUUUAGUUCAUUUCAGAAGCAUAAAUGAGCGACUGUUUGUUUAAAGGCACAAUAUGUAAGAUUUCACACUCAGUCACAGCGUCAUCAAACUACCGCUUUCAUUUAUUUUGAAUACGCGCCCUCUACUGGCGAAAAUUACAUAUUGUGCCUUUAAGUCAUGUACCAUUUGUUUCAUCAAACACCAGUAAUCUUCAUAAAGCAAAUGAGCCAGUUUGAGUUCUUAUGUGGCUCUCCUAAUGCAGUAAAACAGAUUUGGGACAGAAAACACCUUGAGCACUUUUAAUAGAUCUGCAAUAUACAGUU